CCCCGGCUGAGCUUCUUUGUCGUCCUGACACGGUCCUUUUCUUUAUUUUGGGAUCUGAUCUUUUUUGAUCGGCUUUUUUUCUAAUUGUUUCUUGUUGACUUCUUUUUCUUUGAUCUUCCUUUUUUCUGAUUUUCCCGUUUUCCCCGUCGUGGCAUUCCUAUCAUUAUCGAUCGUAUUUUCCUAUAGAUUGAGUUCCCUUUGUUCUCCCCGGUCAUUCACAGAUUCCUCCUUAUUUCUCGCUCUUCUAAUUCAAUAACUUCCGUCCCCUCCUCCUGGCUACCUUUGCCCCAUUGGCUUGAUUCACUCUUCCUUUCAUUCCUCUCCCCCCCCCUUGAAGUUGACGUGCCACUGUGUUUCCCGCUUCUUGCCCUCCAUUAUCCCGGAGGCUUAUACUUGCUGUGCCCACUUCGCCUCCCGACGUAUACCGAACUAUACCGAACCAGCAUUUCCCUCUCGUUCUUCGACUUCUUUCUUUCACGCCCCCCUCCCCUUGUGGCCCAAUACCCUAUUUUGUUCCCCCUCCCUUUCUUUCUUUGAUCUUUCCCCUCGUGGCCCUCGACCUUGAUUUUUUGCGUUUUAUGUUUUAUUUUUGUUCCUAUUUGAUCGCCACGGCCCGAGAGAUAAAUGUCUUACGACCGAGUCCUCCCCAACCCGGCUUCUCUUCGCUAUGAGUCUGCUCCAGUGUCCACGCUGCCCAGACCCAGCGAUUUACUCGACCAUAAAAUCAUGAAUGACCAUCGGCCAAACUCCUUCGUCACUCUGCCGCACCGCCCAGCUCUACCUCCAACUCCUGGCACACCUGCGGGCAAUGACAUGACGAGAUAUGCCUCCGACAUGCUCCCGAAUGGUGUGGCUCGGACACACCAGCAAUUCGCUGCAUAUCAACGACCACGAGCCUCGAUGAAGAAUGGACCCGGUCUUUCACCCGUGCAACAGCAUGUCCAGCCCGGCCCCAUGAUCUCCACGCAUGAUCUGGCGACGGAUCGGAGUGCUUCUUCUUCUGGGAGCUCGAGCCCAACCAAAUCGGUCAAGAAUGAGGGUGUGCAGUUUUGUCUCUGCCAGCCCGACCCGAAGAUCCCGAGACCUCGUAAUGCUUUUAUUCUGUAUCGUCAGCAUUACCAGGCCAGUGUCGUGAGUCAGAAUCCUGGUAUGGCCAAUCCGGAGAUUUCCAAGAUCAUUGGAGAACAGUGGAGGCAGCUUUCGGAGGACGAAAAGGCUAAAUGGAAGGCUCUAGCGGAGGAAGAGAAAGUUCGCCAUGCCCAGCAGUAUCCUUCGUACCGCUACCAGCCAAGAAGAGUUGGCCGCGAUGGUUCCGCUCGCAACGCUGCCUCGGGCAUCAGUCACAAUCCCUCUGGCGGAUCAGCCUGCAAUCGAUGUGGUGGCCGCAUCAUGAAUGCCCCUUCCUCUCCAAUGACUCCAUUCACCCCGAUGAACAGCCAGGGCCACCGCGGGAGUUUCUCGGGCCCAUCAUCACGUCCGCAUACUAUCACCACCACCGUGAUGACGGCCAGUAGCUCACAAUGCCGCGACAAGUCCGAUCGCGUUCCCAAACCCAUCCGCAUUGAUCAGAUUGAACGGCCCCGACAAAGAAAAAUGGACGAUGACGACAUCUUGUCUCCCGAGCUGAAGCGCCGUCGUCUUUCGCAGACCUCGCUGAAGCCACACAUGCAUGCUCAUCGAGACCGCGGCCCUGAAUCGCCGUAUCCGGUUACGCCGUACAGCGCCACUGCCAACGCCCAUCACUCUCGCGGCAUGCUGCCCCUGGGAUUGCACUCGCAGCGAGCAUGUGCAGGCGCACCAGGACAGUCUCAACAUCAGUCUCAUCCUCACGGCCAAGCACAACCGGUCCUUGAUCCAAGCUUGAAGCUCCCGCCUCUGCAAACCGCCAUCCCAUCCACGCCAGUGACGCCCUUCUCACCGGCAGAGUCCAGUGUCGAAGCCGCCGUCAUGACAAUCCCAUUCCUGAACAAGAUCAAACUUCUCGCCAAGAUCUCCCCUCCCCUCGUUCCAUCUUUCCGUGAGACUCCCUCGCGUGGACCCGUCAUUGCCGUCGACGGCCAGGACCCAGGCCUCGUCCGCACAACUGUCGAGUAUUUGCAACGCCUCCUGCAAAAGGAAGAAAAAUUCAGCGUCCGCAUCUUCGAAGGCCCGGAUGUCCAAGCCCCACGCUCCUCAGAUACGGGUGGACCCAUGGGCGAUGCCACAGUGGAUUACCUGAACACCAUCUCCGCCUGGCACCGCAUCUCAGACGAUAUCAUCAACUUUGUCAAACCGAGUGUCCCCGCAACCCCAGAAAAAGAACUACCGAAAUCGGUCAACCCCAACGAAAAGGACUGCACGACCCCAGACGGCUCCGCCUCCCCACGGACAAUCAUCCCCGAAACGGCCUCUCUCCAGAUUCACUCCCCCAAAUCCUUUUCUGCAGACGCCGACACCCCCAUCACAACACCUAGCACGACACCCCCAACGCUUACUCACGCGCCCAGUCAUAGUCCUGCCUCGGUACGCACACCUUCACAUUCCUCCGCUUCUACCUCCACCUCCACCUCCAGCUCUAUGCCUACACCUAUCGCCCUUGUUCCACGCUACCAACUCACGACCGCGGAUACGUUCGCUUGCAACGUUCCCAUUCACGACUCGUACGCACCGCUGGAUCACUGGCAGUGGAUGGCGAGUCUAUGGCGGGCGUGUGUGGGCCCCGACAUCACGGUAUACGUGAGAGAGUGCUCGAGGGAGGAAGUUGAGAGGGUCGGGGCUGUGGAGGUUAGACUUGGGGAUGGCAGGACGGUAGUUUUGAGGAGGGCCUUUGGUGAGAAUGGUCAUAGCGGUUCGGGGAUUGAAGAGAAGGGAUUGAGGAGGUUGGGCUUUGAGAUUGAGGAUUAUUUGAUGCAGUAAGCUUUUGCGGGGUGGAAGAGAUGGAUGGAAUAAGUAAUGAAAUUUGGGAUGGUGGUCUGUUGACGGUGGAUGUGGUAAGGUUGAAGGUUGAAGGAUGGAAUUUGGUUCAGGUUGGGAUAGAUCUAUUGCAUGGUGGCUCUUUGUUUCUACUUCUGGUGGAGGUUCGAGCUUUAAAAUGGCAUGAUAUAUUUGGUAUGGGAGGGGUAGUUUGUCAUUGUCGCGUCAGCAUGGAUGGAACUGUCUUGUUAAUUUGAAGAAUGGAGAAUGG